CGGAAGCGCAACGGAGGAAGCUUCCGUUCUUUGUUCUGUCCCUGGUGUGUGAGUCUGUGACAGUGUCCAACGGGGCCUGGUCCGUGUCCGGGCCCCUCAAGUCUUCCGUCCCUACCCCCAGGCAUUGGCAUCAACUAAAGUCAGAAUUCCUGGGAACUUGAACAGAAUCUCCCCCUAAGUGCUACUUUGGCCUUCUCAAGAUAACUCUAAAGAAAGUAGGAAAGGAUCCAGCAGAGAAAAGAAGGGAAGGAGAAGGAGAGGGAGAGAAACAUCAACAUGUGAGAGAAAGAUCAAUCGGUUGCCUCUUGUACUCCCCCAGCUGGAGACCUGGCUCAAAACCCAGGCAUAAGCCCUGACCGGGAAUCGAACUGGCAACAUUUUGAUUCUCAGGCCAGCCCUCAAUCCACUGAGCGCUGAAUAUUUGAGCCACACCAGCCAGGAACCAAAUAUUCUUCAAAGUUGUGCUUCCUUAUUCUCAUUCAAAACCUGCUUCUGGCUGAGUCUGUAUAUAGGAGACCAGAGAUAGGUACUUCUGGCCUUACCCAUGGAAACUCAGGCUGAUCACACAUCUCAGGAACCUCAGGCCCUGCUUGAGAGUGCUCUUCCUUCCUCAAAAGUUCCUGCAUUUUCCAACAAGGAAAGUCUGGGGAAUGAGGUGUUGGCGGCUGCACUCCUAAAGGCCAAGUCCCAGGAGUUGGUGACAUUUGAGGAUGUAGCUGUGUACUUUAUCCGGAAGGAGUGGAAGCGUUUGGAGCCUGCUCAGAGAAAUCUCUACAGAGAUGUGAUGCUGGAGAACUAUGGGAAUGUGUUCUCACUGGAUGGUGAGACCAGAACUGAGCAUGAUCAAGAAAUUUCUGAAGAUACAGGAUCACAUGGGGUGCUAUUGGGAAGAUUUCAAAAGGAUAUUUCUCAGGGUCUUAAGCUUGAAGAAGCGUAUGAAAAAGAAGUCAAUCUAAAGAGACAGCUGGGGAACUCCUCUGGAAAAAGACUGAGUAAGAAGAUACAAGAUUUUGGUAAAGUGACAGUUGAGGAAAAGCUAACCCCCAUGGGAGAGAGAAGUCAGAAAUAUAAUGAUUUGGGGAACAGCUUCACUGUGAGUUCCAACCUUAUUCCGCAUCAGAGACUUCCUGUGGGAGAUAGACCCCAUAAGUGUGAUGAAUGUAGCAAGAGCUUUAAUCGAACUUCAGACCUUAUUCAACAUCAGAGAAUCCACACUGGGGAAAAGCCCUAUGAAUGUAGUGAAUGUGGGAAGGCCUUCAGCCAGAGUUCACAUCUGAUUCAGCAUCAAAGAAUCCACACUGGAGAGAAACCUUAUGAAUGUAAUGAUUGUGGGAAGACCUUCAGUUGUAGCUCUGCUCUCAUUCUACAUCGAAGGAUCCAUACUGGAGAGAAACCUUAUGAAUGUAAUGAGUGUGGGAAAACCUUUAGCUGGAGCUCUACCCUUACUCAUCAUCAGAGAAUCCACACUGGCGAGAAACCAUAUGCUUGUAAUGAAUGUGGGAAGGCCUUCAGUAGGAGCUCCACCCUCAUUCAUCACCAGAGAAUCCACACUGGAGAGAAGCCCUAUGAAUGUAAUGAGUGUGGGAAGGCUUUCAGCCAGAGCUCACACCUCUAUCAGCACCAGAGAAUCCACACUGGAGAGAAGCCCUAUGAAUGUAUGGAAUGUGGAGGGAAGUUUACUUAUAGUUCAGGCCUUAUUCAGCAUCAAAGAAUCCACACAGGGGAGAAUCCCUAUGAAUGUAGUGAGUGUGGGAAAGCCUUUAGGUAUAGUUCAGCUCUUGUUCGCCAUCAGAGAAUUCACACUGGAGAGAAGCCUUUGAACAUAAUGGGAAUGAGUAAAAGUUCUCUCAGAGUUACUGAAUUAAAUAUCAGAGAGUCUACAUGAAAGAGAGCCACAUACCUAUUUUUCUCACUUCCUCUGAGUCUGAAGAGUUCCUGCCUUACUACAAAAGUAUGAGCAACUUAGGAUGUGUCCCUUCUGAUGCAAACAUUUCACUUUAGAGAAUGGGGUCUAUUGGGCAAAUCAUCCUGGCACAGUGAUUAGGAACCUAGUCAGUUUCCCAGGGAAUGGUACCAGCCUUGAAAAAUUAUGAGGCAAGCAGCAGAUUAAUUGUUGGGAAGCUCUGGGACCAAUCACCUUCACUAUGGAAGGGAUUUUGCACUAGACAAUAUUUCUCACACCAAGCGAGCCUUUCUUACUAAGGUGGGGAUGGAAGUGCAGUAGGAAAAUUCUAAGGAUUCCUCUAGUGGGAGUCAGUACAGUCAGCGUAGAAGGCCGUGGCAAGAAUGUUUUGGGUCCUGCUACUUUCUAAGAAAGGGAAAAGGAGGCUGUAUUUGAAAGCCCUUGUUCCUAAUCCAGCUUUAAGUUUUGAUAAAAUUUGAGGCUGAGGGAUUUAUUUGAUUGGGGGAAAAGGGGUGGGGGGGGCAAGAGAUGUUUUUCUAUGGUGACUAUCCUUUAUGGCUCUUGGAACAAACAGCAAGACCAAGUUUCCGACAGCUGUCUGGCAUUUUUAUUGGAGAACCCCUUGUCAUGCCCUGUUGUGAUAUGACUAAUUGGGAAAUCCAUCUAAUCAGUGAGUCUAACAUAAGGAAGUGGAUCAAAAGCAUUUAGAAUUGCCUCUGCUUCCUCCUCACCACUCCUGUGAUAAAAGAGUGAUUUAAUCCAAACCUAAUGACUAAGGAUGCUGUUAAGGAGCUCACUUAACCAGCUUGUUCUGCCCUCUGUCACCCAUGACCUGUGACACCUGACCUGAGUAGCCAGCCUCUCCUGCCCCAACCUCUGACUUCAACAGCAGAGUAUGAAUUCACACUGCAAAGCCUAGAGAAGGAAGGCUCUGACCAGAACCUGGUGGUAGGGCUCCUCCUGGGUUAGGAUGGAGCUCCUGAAUUUUCCCAGCUUGAAGGGAUGACCUUUGAUUAUGUUUUCCCAAUCUUGCUCAUCCUGUAGCAUAAAUGAAGUGCACUAUUAAACAGCAUAGAUUUUCAGAAGGAGAGAUUGAGUGUGUUUUUGUGCAGGAGUAAAAUUUAGUUUAAAUAGGAAACACCAGUGAUUGUAAAUGGAUCAUUAAAAAUUAAUCUUGAAAUUUUUUUUUUACAACCAACCAUUUAUCUCAGUCACAAACAUGGCACCUCUUUUCCUCAAGACUCCCAUCAUAUUCCUCUAGAUACUGCCCCAGACUAUUCAGUGAUUUACACAAUUGCUCCCACCUUUACACCCUCGUGUAGAGUUUUUUGUGCUGCAUAUUACUCAGUGUGGUAUCAUACUUAAAACCAACAACUAAAGCUAGAAAAGUGUUACUGGGUAUGGGGUUCCAGACAAGUGUGUACUUGGAUAUUGAGUAGCAAUGGGCAUAUUUAGGUUUCUUAGUUUGGCUGUUUGUGGGAGGGUGUUACAGUCAUGGAGAAGGUAAAGAUGAAAGUCUAGUGGAGAAGAGAAUAUGUCUGGAGCUCUAGCCUCUGAAAAAAAUUGGAUCACACUGAUCACCUAAUUGUGUUUUUAAUUUUUUAAAGCUGUAAUGAAAACUCAUCACUCAGGCUCUUCUCUGACAUCUGCACAUACUUGCAAAUUGUUUCUCAGAGUGUAAACUGUGAACUAUCCAUAUUAGAGUCACUAGGCUGCUUGUUAGUAAUGCAGAUUUCUAACCCCCAAAUCAAAUUAAAUUAUUUUUGAGGAUAGAGCUUAAACUACACUGAAAAGGGGAAAAAAUGGAACAGUUAAGAAAAAUUCCUAGAAGAUAAACUUGAGCUACGUUUUAGAUAAUACGUGGUAAUAAGAGCUUCGAGCUGGGACAGUUUGGGGUGGCCUGUGUAUGGCCACUUAAUGUGAAGCUCUGGGGAAAGACCACUGAACAGCAAGGGUCAGCCCCUUUGCCUAGAUGGUGAAGACUUCACCUCCCCCACCUGCACAUAAGACUUCAUGGCUGUCAGUCUCAGCUUCUCAGUGUGACCUGAGAUGGGCCAUUACAUGAAAAAAGUUUUUGAAAAGAUCUUUGAAACAUAACAUUUUUAUUCACCUGAUUCUGAUUAUUCAUAUCCCCACCAUGAUUCCUCAGUCUGUAACUGAGCAUUCCUUAAUGUGCAUAGUACCCGUUUGUGUCUUUGCCAUUAUCCUUGGAAUCUAGUUACUUCCAAGGCCACCACCAUCUAUGCAAGUAUUACAUUUGCAUGUGUGGCACCGAUCUCUCCCAAGCUCUAGUGUCUCCAGUCUGCAGGACAUUUACACACUUGGAUCUUUAAAAGUUUCAAAUGGCCCUGGUUGGUGUGGCUCAGUUGGAGUGUUAUCCCAUAAACCGAAAGUUUGCAGGUUCAAUUCCUGGUCAGGGCAUAUGCCUGGGUUAUGUAUUUGGUUCCGUUCCCGUCAAGGUGUAUACAAGAGGCAAUCGAUGUUUCCCUCCCUUUCUCUCCAAAAAAGCAAUAACGUGUCCUUGGGUGAGGAUUAAAAGUUUCAAAUUAUGUGUUUCAAACUAGGUAUGCCUUUCCCAUAAACUGCCCCCUCAAAAUUUCUGCAAAUGUCUCGGAGUCACAACUGAGUUUUUAAUUUUUAAUUUAUUUUUACCCUCCUACAGCUAACCAGCAUCAAGUCCUGGGCCGAUUUAGGAAACAGAAUGAAAAGAGAAUGUGGUUAGAGGGGAAAGUUUCAAAGUGGAGAUUAUGGAGGAGGUGGGAUUUCCAAGUGAUGGUAAUAACAGUAGCAUAUACUCUGCCUGGCCCCUUUACAAGUGUUUUUCAUAUAUUAAAUUAUUUAGUCCUCACUACAACCUGCAGUAAGGUAGGUGUUAGUAUAACUCCAUUUUACAGAUGACACUAUUGAACUUGCCUGGUGAGAUAGGCCAGUGAGAUCAGGAUUUGUCCACUUGGUGAGAAGCUGAGCCAGAGGCUACAUGGCUUAGAUGUGAAAUGAGAAGGUACCUGUAAAGGGAACCUCAUAUAGGCAAUGAUCUUGUCAAUUAUGAUUCUAUAAUCUCCAUAGUUCUUACUCUUCAUUUCCAUUGCUGUUAACCCUAGAGUUCAAAUCUUUCAUACUCCCCCCUGGAUUAGAUAGUCUCCUAAUGAAGCAGUUUCAACCUUUUUCAUCUAAUGGCACAAAUAAACUAAUUACUAAAAUUCUGUGGCACACCAAAAGAUAUAUAUUUUACUGAUCUGACAAAAAAUAGGUACCAUAUUUUUCAGACCAUGAGAUGUACCUAGGUUUUAGAGAAGGAAAAUAGGGGAAAAAUUUUUGAAGCAAAUACUGUGGUAAAAUAUUUAAUAACACAACAUAUAUUUCACCAAUGUAAAUGUAAACAAAACAGCAGCAUUAACAACCAUUAUUCCUACCAAAUUGUGGUGGGGUGGGGGUGCAUCUUAUAGUCCCCCAAAAUACGGUAUCAUUUUUUUGGACUUUUUUAAAGGUUUUAUUUAUUUUUAGAGAGAGAGGAAGGGAGGGAGAAAGAGGGAGAGAAAGAUCAGUGUGUGAUUGCUUCUCAUGCACCCCCCUAUUGGGGACCUGGCCCGAAACCCAGGUUUGUGCCUUAGCUGCAAAUUGAACCAGUGACCCUUUGGUUCCCAGGCUGGCUGUCAAUCCACUGAGCCACACCAGCCAGGGUAUCAUUUUUUAAAAAAUUAAUUUGACAAUCUAAGGGGAAAGAGGUCAGUGCCCCUGACUAAAUAGUCAGGCAUUGCAUGUUUUAAAAAAUUUUGUGGCACAGCAAUUGAAAAUCACUGUCCUAAUGAAUUGAUAUCUUUAUUUUUUAUUUCUUUAUCGAUUUGUUGUUCCACUUAUUUAUGCAUUCAUCGGUUGAUUCUUAUAUGUAUCCUGACCAGGGAUCAAACCCAUAAUCUUGGCCUAUCAGGAUGACAUUCUAACCAACCAAGCUAUUUGGCCAGGGCCUGGAUUGAUACCUUUACUUUCUCACAUAAAUCACUCUCUCCCCAAAGCAGUAUACCCAUCUUGUCACUUCUUUAUCAGAAGUUUCAGUGGCUUCUUUCUUCAUAGAAUAAAAUUCAAACUCCUUAGCUGUAUGUAUUCAAGGCUUUCCUUGGGCUGGCUUUCAUAUCUCUGUAUUGUCUUAUGUCUUAGUGCUCCUCUUCACACAUCUAAAAACCAGAUGUGUGACAAACCAGAGCUGGCAGUCAUUACAGCAGUAAAAGCAGACUUUAUUUGGAACAAAUUGCAGUAAGUGAAAAGAGACCUCAGUAAGAACUGGGCCCAAUCCCGAAUUCAGCAUGACCAAGUGGGAAUUUAUAGCCAAGGAGCAGGGUGUGGGUCAGUGGAUGAAAAUUUUCUAAGAGGAAACAUUCAGGAGUAAGAGGGGUUUGGGUUAAACUGACCUAACAGGACUUUUGCUAAGGACAGGCAAGGGUGAUUAGACAUUGCUACAGAGUGAUGGUAGAAGACGGAGGCCUCAUGCUUAAGUGGUUUAACAGGGUUCUUGCUAAAACUAGAUUUUACAAGGAAGUGCACAGAUGGACCUAGGAGAAGGUUCAGAAGCCCAAGUAAGAUUUGGUCAAGCCAAGAAUCUUUGUCACAUCAAAUAAGAGAAGAUAACCAGGCCCAACUCACGCCCAACAUUCAUGCCCAUGAUUUUGUUCCUUUACAGUAUACUCAUACCUUAUUCCAGCUUCUCACACCCAAUCAAUAAAAAUCAGUCCAAAAGGACCUGAGAAACCAUUUUCAACCUCCCUCUUAGUGCAGAAACUUUCAACAGUGGCCCCAAUAGAUAACCGUUCUCUAUUGUAGCAUCUUCAGGGGAAGAGCUGCUCAUUGUUGCACCACACAGAAGCAGCUGUUACACUGUUGAGCAUUCUGAUUGCUGGAAGUUAAGUUGAGCCGAAUUCUGCCUCCUUGUAAGCUUCUGCCUUCUACUGUUAGCUUUUGGCUUUGCCUUAUCUGUGCAAUGAGAGGGAUGGGGCAAGGUUUCCAAGGACGCUAUCAGUCAUGUUAGCAAAAACAAUGUCAGCCCUAACCAAUGUGGCUCCAUUGGUCAGGAGGCUGCCUGUGAAACAAAAGGUCGCCAGUUUGAUUCUGCUGAGAGCACAGGCCUAGGUUGUGGGUUCAGUCUCCAAUCAGUCAGGACACCUGUGGGAGGCAACCCAUCAUAUUUCUCUCUUGCCUCGAUGUUUCUCUCUCUCCCUCCCUUCCCUCUCUCUAAAAAUAAAUAAAUAAAAUCUUUUAAAAAAGGUAAUUUCAUUCCUAGCUACUGCCACUCACCCCAAGUUAUACCUGUUCUUUGAAAUUCAACUUAAAUAAUUCUGAAAAAUGAUAUUGUUUGAUAAGUUUCCAAGUAAGGGAAAGGCCUGGUUUUGUCUGAACAUUUCAGCUGACAGAAGUGCAAACCACAGUGGUGGUCAAGAGAAACAUCUUAACAAAUUCUUUCUUUUUACUUAAAAGAUUGGUUUUGAAAGCUCCCUGAAAUAUUUUCUUGUUCUCUUAGCUUGUCUAUAAAGUUAAAACUUUUUCUUCUUUAAAAAUUAAAUGAAAGCUUACGUGCAUUAUUUUAAAUGUCAGUAAUGAAGAACUGAAGACUGAAAUGAAUCAAAACUUAUAUGGACUAUUUUCUACACGCAAAGAGAGAGGGCCAGAGAAUGGUUUCUCCAGGAAUGACACAGGAGCCUUAUCUUUCUCCACAGGAAUAUACUUCCUUGUGUAUUCUCCACUUCCGUUGCUGACAUCAUCAACUUCCCAAUCAGCCAAGUCGGAAACCAGGGAAUUGUUCGGGAUGCAUUGUUUCUCUGUCUUCUCACUUGUACAGCUUGUCUGUCAACUUCCCAGCCCAUCCUGUCUUGCCCAUUUCUGUGACUCGUGCAGUGGCCUGGGUCAUCCUGAACUCCUCCCAGGAUUUUGGCACCAUCCUUUUUUCUUCCAAAGUCUUCUCCAGUCCAUACUUAAAAAAAAACCCCUUCACUCAGGGACAUGCUUAUUGAUUUUAGAAAGAGGAGAAGGGAAUGGGGGGGAAUCAAUGUGAGAGAGAAACAGCUAUUGGUUUCCACUCAGAUGUGCCUUGACCAGGACUGAACCCGCAACCUAGGCAUGUGAACCCACCACCUUUCCACCUUUUGGUUUAUGGGACAACACUCCAACCAACUGAGACACACCUGCCAGGGCUCCAAUCCAUUCUUUUUUUUUUUUUUUUUUAAGAUUUUAUUUAUUUAUUUUUAGACAGAGGGGAAGAGAAGGAGAAAGAGAGGGAGAGAAACAUCAAAUGUGGUUGCCUCUUGAGCUCCCAGUACUGGGGACCUGGCCUGCAACCCAGGCAUGUGCCCUGACUGGGAAUCGAACCGUGAUCCUUUGGUUCACAGGCCCUCACUCAAUCCACUGAGCUACACCAGCCAGGGCAUCUGAUCCAUUCUUUGUACUUGUUCAUGAGUUAUCUCUCUAAGAUGUAAUUGGAUGACCGCAUCAAAACCAUUCAGUGGUCCCUUUUCAUCCUCUAGGUCAAAUUCUUUGUCAGACACAGGGCUUUUCGCUUUCUAGCCCUGCCUACUUUGAUCCUACCUCCUAGUACCCUUCUCAUCCCAACUUCCAUCCUCCUCCCCUCCCACGUAUUUUACACUGGAGUGAUGCAGAACUACAGUGACGAGCACAAAUACUGUUUAAUGCCUCUGUGCCUUUACACCUGUUAUUUCUUCUUCCUGAAUGCCCCCCUGCACUUUGUUCACUUAACACACUCCUAUUUAUCUUUGACAACCUGAUCAUAAGCUUCACCUUUAAUGUGGAGCCUUUCCAGGGCAUUGUGUUUGCCACCUUCCACCCCCAAUGAGUUCACCAUUUCCUCUAGGCUGCCUCUGUAUCUUGUACAUACUUUUCAUGAUUGCACUUAUUCCGUGACUCCCCUCCCCCGAGUCUGUUAACUUAUUUAUACAUCUGACUCCCCCACUAUGGUUUUCUCAUAAAAUCCUUGAUCUGUAAUUCAAUUGAAAUUCUAAUAGAAAAUUUAUCUACAGUUAUGACAUACAAGGGUACUGUUAGUGUGAAUCUUUUCAUGUCAAUCCACAUCUGAGUCCGGUGAGCAGUUGUCCCACUGAGAAGCAGCACAUGUGGACAUACACAGUUCUCAGCAUGAAUCCUCUGCUCCUCCACCAACCCUGGCCCCCCAGCAAGGCUUUGUGUGCCUUAUGCUCCCAAGGCAUUUGUUGGUUUGCUUGAAUUUCUUUGUGGUUUUUAAAAAAUAAUGAACAAUAUUGUUGAGAUGUAAUUCAUACUUCAUACAAUUCACCCAUUCAAAGUGUACAAUUCAGUGGUCUUUUAAAAUAUAUUUUAUUGGUUAUGCUACUACAGUUGACCCAUUUCUCCCCCCUCUAUUCCCCUCCAGACUGCACACCCCUUUCACCAGCAUCCCCCACUCCCAUUAAUUCAUGUCCAUGGCACAUACAUGUAAGUUCUUUGGCUUCUCCAUCUCCUAUACUGUCCUUAACCUCUCCCUGUGUACUUUGUACGUACCAUUUAUGCUUCUUAUUCCCUGUACCUUUCAACCCCUUUUCCUCCCCUCCCCACUGGUAACCCUCUGUGUGAUCACCAUUUCUGUGAUUCUGUUCCUGUUCUAGUUUGCUUAAUUUGUUUUUGUUUUUAAGUUCAGUUGUUAAUAAUUGUGAGUUUGUUAUCAUUUUAUAGUUUAUAUGUUUAAAAAGAUUUUAUCUACUUUUAGAGAGAGGUGAAGGGAAGGAGAAAGAGAGGGAAAGAAACGUGGGCCAGUUGUCUCUUACAACCCAGGCAUGUGCCCUGACCUGGGAUCAAACCCGUGACCCUUUGGUUCAAAGGCUGAUGCCUAACCACUGAACCACAUCAGCCAGGGCUACUGUUCAUAUUUUUAAUCAUCUUAUUUUUCCUAGAUAAGUCCCUUUAACAUUUCUUAUAAUAAGGGCUUGGUGAUGGUGAACUCCUUUACCUUGACCUUAUCUGGGAAGCACUUUAUCUGCCCUUCCAUUCUAAAUGAAAGCUUUGCUGGAUAGAGCAAUCUUGGAUGUAGGUCUGUGCCUUUCAUGACUUGGAAUACUGCUUUCCAGCCCCUUCUUGCCUGCAAGGUCUCUUUGGAGAAAUCAGCUGACAGUCUGAUGGGAAGUCCUUUGUAGGUGACUGUCUCCUUUUUUCUUGCUGCUUUUAAGAUCCUCUCCUUAUCUUUAAUCUUGAGUAACUUAAUUAUGAUGUGCCUUAAAAAAAAAAAACCUUUAAAACCCUAAAAAAAAACCUUUAGCAGUGAGUGUUUUCCCCCAACUCCCCCGGGCCUUGGCAGGUACCAGUUUCCUUUUUGUCUCUUUGGAUUUGGAUAUUCUGGACAUUUCACAUAAAUGGAAUCAUAAUAAUGCAGUAUGUUUCUUUUGUGUCUGGUGUCUGGCUUCUUUCACUUAGUAUAAUGAUAUCAUUUCAGCUGUGUAUGUAGUAAUGUGAAUCUGUAAUUCAUCCCUUUUUAUGGCUGAAUAACAUUCCAUUAUAUACAUAUAUCACACUUGGUUUCUUCUUUCAUCCACUGAUGGACAUUUGGGUUGUUUCUGCUUUUUAGCUAUUGUGAAUAAGAUGCUAUGAAUAUUUGUAUAAAAGUUUUCAUGUUGAUAUGUUUUCAUGUCUCUUGGGUAUAUAAUUAGAAGAGAAAUUUCAAGGUUAAAUGCUGUAACCUUUUGAGGAAAUGGCCAGGCUAUGUUCCAAAGAGAUUGCUCCAUUUUACAUUCUCAUCAGCAGUAUAUAGGCUUCUGAUUUCUCUACAUUCUCAACACUUUUUUUUUUAUAAAUGUAUAGUCAUCCUAGUGGGUUUGAAGCAGUGUCCUUGUAGUUUUGGUUUGCCUUUCCCUGAUGGCUAAUUAUGUUGAGUAUCUUUCCAUGUGCUUAUUGUUCAUUUGUAUGUCUUUUUUGAAGAAACAUCUAUUAAAUCCUUUGCCCAUCUUUUAAUGGGUUAUUUUUUUAAAGGAGUUAUAUGUUCUAGAUAUAGGUGCCUUAUUGUACAUGAUUUACAAAAAUGUUCUAGUAUCUAUGGGUUGUCCUUUCACUUUAUGAUGAUGUCACUUGAAGCACAAAAGUUUUUUAUUUUUAUGAUGUCAAGCUUAUCUAUUUUCCUUUUGGUGUUUGUAUUCGAGUUCUCCAGAAAAAAACAGAAACAAUAGGAGAUAGAUAGAUAGAUACAGUUAUAGAGGUUUUUAAAAAAAAAUCUUCACCCAAGGACAUGUUUAUUGUUUUCAGAGAGAAGGGAAUAGAGGGAGAGAAAGAGGGAGAAAAACAUUGAUGUGAAAGAGAAACAUCAAUUGGUUGCCUUUUGCAUGAGCCCCCACUGGAGACUGAACUUGCAACCCAGGCAUCUGCUCUGACUGGGAAUUGAACCCGCAACCUUUUGGCUCACUGCACGACACUCCAACCAAGUGAGCCACACUGGCCGGGGCUCUAGAGAUUUGUUAUGGGAAUUGGCUCAUGCAAUUUUGGAGGCUGAGCUGUGCCAGGAUAUGCCACCUGCAAGCUGGAGAAUCAGGAAAAUGAUUAGUGUGAUUCAGUCCAAAACCCAUACUAAGAAACCCAGGAGCCAGAGCCUGAGAACUGAGGACAGAUGUCAGAGCAAGAGGAGAUGUAUGAACUAGCUAAAGGAGAGAGAGAAUUGCCUUUUCUCCACUUUUUCGAUUGGGGUCCUCAAAGAAUAUGAUGAUGCCCAACUACUUUGGUGAGGGUGAUUUUCUUUACUGAGUCUACCUCUUUGAAUGCUAAUCUCUUCCAGAAACACCCUCACAAACACACCCAGAAGUAAUAUCUUACCAGCUAUCUAGGCAUCCCUUAGCCCAGCCGAGUUGACACAUAAAAUUAACCAUCACAGAGUCAUAUCCAAGAGAGCAUUGUUGGUGGGAAGUUAAAAUAGCAUAGCCACUCUGGAAAAACAGUUUGGCAGUUUAUUACAAAGUUGAACAUGCACAUUCAAUAGGUAUCAACACUAGGGAAAUGAAAGUUACAGUCACACAAAACCAGUACAUUGAUAUAGCAGGUUUAAAUUUUUUUAGCAGGUUUUAUUUAUAUAUUCUUAGAUAAAGGGAAAAAGAUGGAGAGAAACACUUAACAGUUGCCUCUCACACAUGCCCUAACCUGCAACCCAGGCACAUGCCCUGACCAGGGACUGAACUGGCAACCUUUUGCUUUGCAGGAUGACGCUCAACCAACUGAGCUACACUGGUCAGGGCUUAUAGUAGCUUUAUCUAUAAUCUACAGAAACUGGACACAAGUCAGUUGUCUAAGUGGUAAGUGAAUCACCAAAUUGUGGUACAUAGUACAAUGGAAUUACUUAGCAAUAAAAUGGAAUGAGCUAUGGACACAACAACUUGGAUGAAUCUAAAAAGUAUUAUACUGGG